UGAGUAUCAGUGCGAUCAGUUUUAAUUCAUCCAACAAGCCAAUCAGUCUACUGCGGGGCUUCCCUUACUUCGAUUACAGUUUACAACAUGUUCUUCUUGUUGAGGUUACUAAGUUUGGUUGUAGUUGCAAGUUUCGCGGCGGAUAGUGCGCUAGGAAAUGACUGCGGCCAACGGCCGGCUUUGACCCGCGGUUUGGUCCACUUUGGCAACGAGUCGCAGCUGGGAGAGUGGCCCUGGCAUGUCGCCUUGUUUCAUAGGAUGAACCGUGCCUCGCCUAGCUAUGCCUGCGGAGGAACAAUUAUUUCCGAAAAUUACAUCGUCACCGCUGCACACUGCGUUUAUCCGAGAUCCAGGGUACGGCCUCUAACAGCUGCGGAGAUUCUCGUCCGGGCAGGUAUCGCAAACAUACAGCAGUUGGAGCAUUCGCUGCAGCAGUUUGCGGUUGCGGAGAUCGUGCGUCAUGAGGAAUUUAAUACGGAUGUGCUGGGAAAUGACAUUGCGCUGCUAAAAAUAGCUGGAGCGUUGGAGAUGACAAACUAUGUCCGACCGAUAUGCCUCUGGAACGGAACCGACGGGGAGGAACUGAUAGUUGGUAAGGGGGGUACUGUUGCUGGUUGGGGGUUGGACGAGAAUGGUACCCUUCCGGAUGUUUUGAAACAUGCCGUAAUGCCAAUCGUUUCCCGGAAAAGCUGUCGCGAUAGCGAUCCCACUUAUUACACGAACUUUUUAUUUGAUAGGAAAACGUUUUGCGCAGGGUAUCGCAAUGGGACGUCUGCGGCACCGGGAGAUAGUGGUGGCGGGCUGUACAUCGAAAUUAAUGAAAAGUGGUUCCUAAGAGGUAUAGUAAGCAACGGUAAACUGCAACCGACAUCAAAUGCGUUCGAUGCUAGAAGCUUUGUGGUAUUCACUGAUAUUGCUCACUUCAUGCCUUGGGUGAACAGUAACACCGGUCUGGCCAGCGGUGGCACCUUAGAAGUUAGAGCUUCUACAGUUUGCGGCAAAGUAAAGAAUACCACAUUUACCCGCAGUGGGUUCAAAGAGGAACGCAAAUGGCCCUGGCGGGGGGAAGUAUACCGGAAUGACAAGAAACCAGUGCGAUUGUGUGAUACGGCAAUAAUCAGUGAACGUUUCGCUUUAUCUCCGGCAGAGGUCUUCACGGAGAAUGAUGCCCAGAAUCCUUCACAAAGGUUAUUGGUCGUGUUCCAAGUUAUCAGAAAUUUCCAGAGCAGACCAUUUUCCUACAGGAAAAUUAAACAAAUGAUUCGGCAUGAGCAAUUUGAUCGAGUCACUAGACGAAACAAUAUGGCGUUACUAGAGUUUGAUGAAGCGUUAGAGUUUUCUGAGCUAUUGCGGCCAAUCUGUUUGUGGGAAGGAGAUCUAACUGAGUGGGAAACAUCGAAGGCAGUUGGUUACAUCGGCGAGUUUCAGGAAUGGAAGUCACAUCACGAAGAGUGCAUUACGACCUAUAUGGUGAAUGAAACGCUCUUACAUGAACAUUCAUUAUGCAUUCCACUCUCGGUUUAUAGCUUUAGGGGUACUUUGGGAGAUCUUAUGUACGUGAAGAUUAAUGGUUCCUGGUAUCUUGGUGGCGUUUCAUACAACAUGUUUAGAAGAGAUUAUGUGCAUUACAUUCUAAUGCAGGAUGUCACCUACUACAGGGAUUGGAUUCGGAAUAACAUCAUGAUACUCUCAAGAAAUCUGUUGGGUCAUAAAAAUUGCUCUGAAUUAUCUAUCAAUCAAUGGCUUUACAGCGUGUUAUACAGAUAUGUAUUACAGUGCUAUGGAACACUAAUAACAACAUCAUUGUUGCUGACAACAGCUUCCUGUAUCGACACAUUUCCGGUGCAGUUUGUGUCUAUUUUAAACGACCGGCUAGAGGAGCCGCUUGUUGUUAAAGAAAUACAUCGGCACCCUUCCUAUGACAAGCUGGAGCAAACUCACAACUUAGCCAUAUUAUUGCUGGAUAAACCCUUGAACAGAACUCCAAUAUGUCUUCCUAACACCAACGACAUGGAGAAUAUAAAAAGCUUAGAUUUUCAAAGUACACAUUACAGCGCGAAUCCGGUUCUGAAUUUAACUGUUGAAUUUAGCGCCAGUAACGUGCGAUCGUGUGCCGAACGGUGGCUCCGCGAGGGUGCCAAGGUAAAUACCAGCGGAGGACACAUCUGUGGUCAUAUGGUUGGCAUUAGUGGUUAUCAAUGUACGGCGAAUUUGCACGGUACCCCACUGGUGUAUGCAACGGAAACGGAUAGCAGUAUUUUCGCCACAGGUGUUCUGGAUAUCGGAAAGAGUAACCACUGCCAUGGGGAUGAUCUUCCCGAAGCCUAUCUGGAUGUUAAUUUCUAUCUCGACUGGAUAGCUGCAGUGGAGAAGGACUGCCGGGGGAAGGUAGCUUCUCGAUUGAACACUACUGAUGAUCAACCAAGGACCGAAUGGAGAACUGGAACUUGGUGAAGUUACUGGUGGAUGGGUGAAAUGAUUUUAUCAGGAACAUGAAAGAACACUCGAGAUGACACAUUUUAGUUAUGUCUAACGUUAAAUCUAUUGAUGAAAACGCUAUUCAACAAUUUUUCAAUUCAUACAUUUAAAAAAAUAAACAACAAAUCACAAAAACGUGUCUUGUUUCAAUGGGACGUAGACACGAACAUGAUAUGUUGAAUGAAUUAAAAAGUGUUCACUCUUUUACUCCUAGUGGAUUUGAAAGAUAUGAGUGGAACAAAUGCUUUUAUUCGUACGCCACAGUACUACUGUAUGCGUUUAACUUAUAAAGGUAAUGUUGGGGAUUCGUAGACCUUUUUAAAAUCCACAGGACAAUAGUUCAAAAUGAUUAAAAUUCUUCAGAGAAAUAAA